AGAAGAAGGAAGAGCAGCAGCGAAAAGAAAAAUGAGUGAGAGUAAAUGAAAAAUAAAAGCAACGACAUACAGUUUUGUACUUGUCAGUGUUACGUGAAAAAAAGGAAAAUAAAAUCGUCAUGUCAGUAGGAAUAGUUGUUGUAGUUUGUUUUUGUACAGGGCGAACGACAAAUCGACUGUUCAGCCAGGCAUAUGAAAAAUGGAGUCAAUCUUCUUGGUGUAAGAAUGAACAUACAAAUCAAAUUAAGAGCCUUUUGUGCGGUCCGUGAAAGUGAUGCAAUUAUAUGAAGAUGCGCGUUCUUGUUUCCUCCUUCGUUUUUUUUUUUUAUUAAGUGCUUGUGCCCUGAUACUUUUUCAUACUUUUCAUUCACCCAUUCAAAUUACACCACAUUAACUCUGCAUAUUUUAUUGUUAAUAACUCGUGUCACACGUUUUAUAUAGAUUCGUUUGCACGCUCAACCGCGCACAUUUAGCAAAACGGCAUAAAUUUAUGCGAACAAUGUAAUUUUUGUGAAAUUGCCAGCAAAUCGGUAAAAAUAACAACAGAAUCGACGUCGGACACCAAACCAACAAAAAAAAAAUGUAACAAAAACUGAAGCCGAAAUCGUAAACAUUGAUGUUAUAUUGCUUGAAAAAUUCGGCUAACUGCUUUGAACGAUCGUAAAACAUGGGUGAUAAUGAGAAUCAAUUUAUGCGCCGUAAAGAAGAAGUUUCGUUCACACAAAAAGGAAAGAAAAAGAACCAAGUUCGUCAGUUGCUAUUUGGAGAAGAGAGACAUGGAGAGAGAGAGAGAAUUUGUCACAGGAAAUCACAGAUCGGUGUAAAGUAAAAGUCGCAUUCAAUUUAGACAGCCGCAUUUCAUUUUGGCAUAGCUCUUCUUUUUAUCUGUUUACUAUCAACAAAUUGUCGUCACUAUUUUAAUUGAAAGUGUAAUAUUGCUGUUGUGCUCGUUCAUUUUACGAUCACCAACUAAAUCUAAACCAUCUGCACAUUUUUAUUAUUAUCACUUCGGAGGAACUAUUAAAGUCGGGAUAUUGGUAACAGAGCAACGCGCCAGUCAGCCAGCCAACAAGCGACCGCAUUCAAUUUUUCGACGCUUUUCUCUGUCCGAGGUAUUAGUUUGAUGUCGCUCUUCAUUCAUCCUUCUCUUUUAUUUUUAUAUUUUCAUUAAUUGCUAUGUCUUGUUUUUCUGGUUGUGCAGUGUUUUUCUCUGCCUCUGUCACAUUUUACACAUCACACUGUUUUUUUUUUUGUUGCCUUUCUCAUAUUUCUCGUUACACUCGACGCUGUCAACUGAAAACAUGAAAAUGAUCGUGCUCGAGAGCAGGGCGAGAGAUAGAGAGAGUGAGCGCAUGCCAAACCGAACACACAUGAACAAUUUCUCGAUCUCGCUUACAUGAUCCGGCUAAUACUCGAAUCGCAAAGGCACUUAAUGUUCUCUCUAAUAAAAUGGUCGGAGAAAAAGAAAUGAAAAAACUGUCAUUUAUAUAAAAAUCAACAACAGAAAACAAAAUCCGGAGUGGCUUUUCCUCAUCUCGAAUUCAGUUAUGCGUAAUUUUCCACUUGAUCCGAACACACAUCGGAGUGACUGUGUUUAAUAGGGAUAUUUUAGAAAUAUAUCUAUCUUCUUGCGUAAAUCGAUUUUUUUUUUCAUUUCCAUUUUCAUUGCGCAUCGAGCCGAUCGCAAACACACAAACGAAAACAGAAAGCGCGACAGAGAGAAAAACAACGAAAGGAGGGAAAGUGUUUUGUCGCGUGCGUAUGACAGCACGAGGUUUGAAUGGAUUAUCGUAAAGACGUCGACGGAUUGUCUUGUAGCGAAUCGCAUCCGAGCUCGCGCUUUUCUCUCUCUCUCUCUCUCGCGCGCGGCUCAGGCUCUCACUCCAAGCAACGAGGAUUAUUAUGUGCGCACUUCGUUCAAUUGCCAUUUAUCUUUUGGCCUCGUCGCUUCACAACAUCUCGAGUUGCAAACACAUUUUAUUCCCGCAACAAACGACGUUCGAUAAAAAUGAUCACUGAGUAAUUCUGCCAAGAUUGAAAAAUAUAUGAUGUGGUACGGUGAUAAAAUUACGUGAUUUUUAUUGAGUGCAAAAUGAUUUUGGAUGUGAUUCCACCAGUAAUGGGAUCCAUAAUAAUUCAACUGUAAGUUUAACAAAGCUAGAAAACAAAGACGAAAUUUCCGUGUGUUAUUAUGACAAAGUUAGUGAACAAUUGUGUAGUGUCAAAGCGUGUAAAAACAUUCUAUCGUAAAUCAGUGCCGAGUAGCCAUACUAAGCGAUACAAAUUGCAUUUACUGACAGAUCGAUUGAAAUUGUGUGCGACCAAACGUUUGGGUGAUUUUCCGGUGAUUUUCAGUAAACGUUGUCAUUUAAUUGGAUUUAUGAACCGACAAUUAACGAUCAGUGAUAAUUGUAGUACAAAUUAUGUUUCGAUGGGGAUUCUAUCACCCGCCACGACAUCCACAUCGAGUUACAGCAAUGAAGAAGAUGUACCACAUUUGCCAUCAUCGGCAUCGUCGUCCGUUGAUCAAAUUGAUCACUUUGAACAGCAUGUUUUAGAACCGAUCUCGCACACUGUGAAUGGCAUUCAAGUGACAAAAAGACCAUGCUUGACAUGGGCAUGCAAAGCAUGUAAAAAGAAAACCGUUACAGUGGAUCGUCGAAAAGCCGCAACGCUCCGAGAACGACGACGAUUACGAAAAGUAAACGAAGCUUUCGAAUUGUUAAAACGCUGUACAAGUGCAACGAAUUCAAAUCAACGACUGCCAAAAGUAGAAAUUCUUCGCAACGCCAUCGAAUACAUAGAAAACCUAGAGGAUUUGCUGCAUCAUGAAAGCGAUGUGCAGCAAACGAUCACUGAAACCCAAAGCCUAUCGAUAAAUAACAGUAAUCAAUGUAAUACAUAUAAGCAAAGUUCAAAUAGUAACUCAGAACCUUACAAAUAUUCGGAGUUUUGGCAACGAUCGCCCGUUUUCAAAGACCGAUCACAAAAGCAAAGAGAGAGCUAUAAACUAUUGCCAAUUACUGGUUUAUCAUCGUCAUCGAUACAUACGAAUGAUGGAAACGGCACCGCCAGUCUAGAGUAUUUAAAUUUAAUUGUUCAAAGCAUCAAUUCGACCACACCAAUGUCAUCUUCAAACCAACCGCAAGCAUUGCUGUAACCGACGCCUCAAUAAAAUUAAUCACUUUGCUCGCAAAUCCAUAUAUUCAUAGAGUGGCAGAUCAUAGAAGCCGAAGCCAAAGCCGAAGCCAAAGCAGCAGCAUCAUCAUAACCAUAUUUUUCUGACAAAUAAAAAAGAAGACAGAGCAGAAGAAACACGAAAAAUCAACGGCAAAAAUCUUCUUAGAAGCUAAUGAUACAAAAAUCUAUUUUUGACAACAAACUGCAAAAUAAUAUAUGUCGCAUGAUAUUAUAAUAAAUGCCCCGCACUCGACGAGUACACGAGAGAGAGUGUGUGUGUGUGUAUGUUGUAGAUAGGAAAAUCGGAAAAAUGUCACGAAAGAAAAACAAAUUGAAAUAAACGGCAAAACAUAAGACAAGCGAACGAAAAAAAAAUAAA